AGGAGGAAAAACGCCGAAUAGAAACAAGCAUAUCCGUGGGUGCCCGCAACCAUGAACGGCUUGCACCGUUUGCCCGAGCCCCCGCUCUGCCCGAGGACUAUGUCGUGAACAGCGGGUUUCGUCACUCGGGAUAUUGUCAAUAAAACGACACGCCAAGAAGGGAUAAAAUAUGUCCGCUUCUGUGGGGCCCCGCGGCGGCCCUCGCCCACCCACCGCGCCGCCUUCUAUGCCCGAACUGCCGGACCUCAGUCACCUCACGGAGGAAGAGAGGAAAAUUAUUAUGGCUGUAAUGGUUCGGCAGAAGGAGGAAGAGGCGAAAGAAGAGGCCAUGUUAAAAGAAGAAAAACCCAUAGAAGCAAAAACUGUUCACCUUCUGGGAAAGAAGCCUCCUCCACAGAAUGACAUCAGCCGGCUGCAGCAGCAGUUCGAGACCUACAAGGAGCAGGUGCGUCGGAUCGGCGAGGACACCCGCCGCCAGCAGGGUCAGCACAAGGACGACGCCCCCACCUGCGGCAUCUGCCACAAGACCAAGUUCGCCGACGGCUGCGGGCACCCCUGCUCCUACUGCCAGACCAAGUUCUGCGCCCGGUGCGGGGGCCGUGUCUCCCUGCGCUCCAACAACGAGGACAAAGUGGUGAUGUGGGUUUGCAACCUGUGCCGUAAACAGCAGGAGAUCCUCACCAAAUCAGGGGAAUGGUUCCCGGGGCGGGGCGGAAAGCCCCCCGGCCUGGGGGCGGCCGUCAGCGACCCGGCCAUGUGCGCAGAGGCUGAGCGUGAGAAGAAGGUGCGCUCCCGCUCUCAGAUCCCCCUCGGCAGCCAGGACGCCCCGCCACCCGCCCCCGCGGACCCCCGCAAGGGACCCGACUCCGCCCCCACAGAAUCGCCCACCCUCAGGUCCCGCAGUGAGCCUCCAAGAGACAGGAAGAGGCCGGUGUCGGUCCCAGAGCAGAACGGGAGGUCAGGGGUGCAGGCGGAGCGCCAGCGGGGUCCGGGGAAGCUGCCGUCCCAGGCCUCGGAGGAGAGGCGGGAGGGGAGGAGGCUGACGAAAGCGCGGUCGCAGGAGCACCCCAGCACAGAGCCUGAGGGGGGG